AGCGACAGACCGAGCGACUAGAGGCGCUAACAGAUUGGAGCUACGGAGGAUAACUGGUGACACCAGACACAGUAAACGAUGCGUGAAUACAAGUUAGUCGUCCUGGGCUCUGGAGGCGUGGGCAAGUCUGCUCUGACUGUACAGUUUGUUCAGGGGAUUUUCGUGGAGAAAUAUGACCCGACAAUAGAAGACUCGUACAGAAAGCAAGUGGAGGUGGACGGGCAGCAGUGUAUGCUGGAAAUUCUGGACACUGCAGGGACGGAACAAUUCACAGCCAUGAGAGAUCUGUACAUGAAGAAUGGCCAGGGCUUUGCGUUAGUCUACUCCAUCACAGCCCAGUCCACCUUCAACGAUCUGCAAGACCUACGAGAACAGAUCCUCCGAGUCAAAGACACUGACGAUGUUCCGAUGAUCCUGGUGGGUAAUAAAUGUGAUCUGGAGGAUGAGCGUGUUGUGGGGAAGGAGCAGGGGCAGAACCUGGCCAGACAGUGGAGCAGCUGUGCUUUCCUGGAGUCCUCUGCAAAGUCCAAGAUCAACGUCAACGAGGUGAACACACACCUCACACACCCUGCAUCAGUACAACACACACACACACACCCUGCAUCAGUA